UUCUUUCCAGUAAUUUCUAUGUUUAACAACACUGUUCGGCGAAUCAGCUGCUUGAGUCACAAUCUCCAAUUCUACGCACAAUUUUCCAUUAAAUUGCAUUUGAGCUGCACAAAUAAAGAAGAAAUACUCCAGAAAGAUGAUCGUUUCACGGCUGGCCUUCCCCCUGAACCUGGGACUCCGACAGUUUUCCCGUCGAGUGGCGGAGAACCCCAGCAACUGGAAGAUCCUGCAACGGCACAUGUCGGGCGUCUACUUUCGCAGUGGUGCCAUUAAACCCAAGCCCGAGGAGAUGCCCUUCGGCCUGUUCGCCAUCUUCUGUGCUGUCAUCCCGGGCCUCUUUGUCGGCGCCACCAUUAGCAAGAACGUAGCCAACUUCCUGGAGGAGAACGACCUAUUCGUCCCCGCCGACGAUGACGACGACGAGGACUAAGCGGAUGUCCGGAAGCUACCUCACUGAUGUGCACCCUAGUCGGAAUAUCUUGGAGUACAUGGCUUGACGAAGAGCCAGCACUCGGCCAAAUCUUUUUUUUACCUAUUUAUUACCUCUUUUCUCCUAUAUAUGUAAAGCUUUAUUCUUAAGAUCCAAAAGUUCUGGCAUUUUUAUGUGUUUUUUGUGUCGUCCCGCUUUUUAUCUAACGAUUUUUCAAUAAUGUUGACUACAUAAGUUCGAAAAGAUAGCGAAUGUUAUUAGAAUUUAAAUAAAGAUUACUUGACUAUUGAAAUUCCAUAUUUUAUUUCUUAUAUAACAAUAUCAUUCGAGAUAUGGCGCACCCCCACAUUCACCUGAAAAUCAAAAAAUUCUUAUUUUUGCCGAAGUGGAAUUUUAUUGUAAUUAAAUUUGUUGGGUGUACAAAGGUAUGUUUUACUGAUUUUCUCUGAUUUUGUAUUACAAUUUCUUCAAAUGGUUUUAAUUGCAGUGGCUCAACGAUCCUAAUUCUUUCAUUUAAUCAUACAAAUUAUGUUUUAUAUCGCUGUAAUAUAUAUAAGUGUACAUAUAUAUCUGCUAUAUAUAUAUAGAAGUGUUUUGAUAGAAGUGUUUGAUAGUAUGUUUCGUGAAAAAUAAAAAUGAUCUUCAAUUUCUGGCAAUUAUCCAUGAAUAUUCCAAUUCGGGUUUAGUUUAGUUUUCUUUUAUAUAUUUUAUGGUUGUUGGUUUUACAAUUUUUUCAAAGAUUUUUUUGUAUUUGUUUUUAGUUUUUUUGUUUUUUGUUUAAUAAAAAAAUAUGAAUUUCACUUCCCGGCCGACGCUUGGAGGCUUUUUAUUUUCGAAGGCGGCCUAUCAUCUUCUGCUCUUCAGCUUGUUUGUUUUUUUUUUUAAUA